AUGACACCCACACCGGCCGUCGCGGCGCCCGACGGCGCGGAGCUCGCCGCCGAGCUCGCGGCCGCGCCGUCGCUCGCCGAGUGCUGCGCAGUGCUCGAGGAGUUUGCGUGGCGCUCCCUCCUUGCUGGUGUCCGUGUCCGCGACUACUGCGACGAGGCGAACCGUAUCGUUCAGGCCGCUCCACCAAAGGGGUUACGCCUCGCCCUCGCGUCGACACCUGUGCGCCUGCUCUUCCCUUAUGCCUUGGCGGCCGGCGCACCCCUCACGUCGUUCACGCCCUCGGUCCUCGUCCCGGCGGCGUUCGCACACAUCAGCCGCAAGCAGCUCAUCGACGCCCUCGUCCGCCUCAGCCGGGACGGCGGAUAUCCCGCCACGGUUGAAGCCAGGACACUCGAGCUGCUGCUCGAGUACAUCGGUCGCAGGUGGAGGUCCGCCGUCGCAGGCGAGGACAUUGUCGACGGCAUCACGAAGAAGCUUGCAGAGGUCGAGUUUGAGGUGGGUAGCAGCAGCCGCGCGGCGCGCCAUAGCUCGUGGUUGACACCGCCGCAGGUCACGCUCCGGGGCGAGCCCACCAGUGCGCGUGCGACGAUCGUGCCCACCCUCCAGCUCGUCCGCUUCAACCUCGGGUUUGUGUCCUCGGCCCAUCUCAUCGCGAGGCUCAACAGCGCGGCUUCGGGUAUUCCCGACUCGGCGGCCCAGCCGCUCAAAGUGCCACAAAUGGUCAAGGCUUGGGCUGUGCGACGUCUCGCCAUGGGCGCCGACACUCAGUCGGUCGCUACCGAGCUCCUCACUGUCCGAGAGCGUGUUCUAGACCCCAUUCACCGCGACGACAUCUUGAAUGCUCUCGUGGCUCUCGGCCUUGAAAGCGAGGGAGCAGAAAUGUCGGCGGCACAGCCCUCGCCGCCUCAGCCGCCACUCGCACCUCUCGGCCCGCGAACCCGCACUACGUCGCGCGUCUCCCUCAAGCCACCAAAACGCAAGACACUUGCUGUGUUCCAAUGGCUGCCUCACCGCCAUGGCAGCAACGCUUCUGUUACUCCCCCAGUUGCCCCAGACUGGGAGCGUCGCCCGUCGUUACCCACGCUUUUCGAGCCCGCGGAUACCACACCAUCUUGGGGACACUCCGACCUCCCGUACCUGACCGCAUCCUCGUCCACUCUUGCGAGGAGCACAACUCCUCCAUCCCGCUCAAGGACGGCUCAUGAAACGAUCGAGUUGCACAUGACUCUUCUUCGACGGCUUCUUGGGUUCCGAUACCGCCUCGGUGCCAACACCGACGGCUGGUACUUUGGCUCGGGUCGCAAGCUGGCCAUCGAGCUCUUGGAGAGCGUCGAGGGAUCCCCAGACAUGGUCGACUCGCUUCGCAGUUUGCUGUCGCUCAGCACAGAGGUGCAGGAAGAUGCCGACAACGACGUGCCCCCGGCUGUUCCCGCCAAGGAUGUCCCCUCACCCAAGGCAGCGGCCACCUCCCCUCCGCCCGCUGUCCACCAACGCGACGUAUCCUUCGACCUGGACGAGUACCUCGAGGCGAUCAGGAGGCCCGAUGACUCUCCAGCCAACGAGCUCCGCGGCCCAUUUUCUUGGUCUCGCUCGGAGAUCCACGAGUACCUGCCCGACUCUCCAUCUCCUCCUUCCGUCCCCGUUGCCGGACCCAGCACCCACCGCAGCUCCCCCAGCUUCAUGACCACCCCGACGCGGAGUGAUGUCACCCCGACGCGGUCCUCAAACCACCAUCGUGAAGAAUCGCUCGACUCGGUGUACAGCAACACCACGGCUGUCUCUCGACCGCUCUCAGUCAUGAGCGACUUCACCAUCCUCGAAGCUACUCGUGUCACUGUCCGCGCUGUUGAAGUGCGAUUUCCGCUCGACGGAAAGCCUCUCGUCCUCUCAAGGGGGGACGAGAUCGAGGAGGUGAUCCCAGACAAUGUCAGCGAACCGGACGACGCCCCCGCAGAGUGGGAGGCACCACUGCCACACUCCAAGUCGAUGUCGCAUCUCGACCAGUACACGGCCCUCCCGGAGCGUCUCAACCGUCGCAGACGGCCACGCGCCCCAGUCGGUGGUCUCUUGCCCGCCUUCAACUACUCGCCAGAAGAGCCGGUCCCAUCCCUCUCGAAACGACCGUCGACCCAGUUCCCUUGUCCCAUUACACCGCCGCUCUCACCUGUCAACACUCACGAGGAGGAGCUCUCCGACAGGACACCAAUGUCGCUCAUGGAACCGCUGUUUCCGCGCAAGCAAGUGUCCAGCGCAGACCUUCGCUCGCGCCGGCUCAAGUUCCGCCAGUGCGUCAUUGUCGACGGCACACCGACGCGAACGGCGUUCUCCGGCCCGGCGUCUCACCCCGAGGUGAUCCAGGACCAGACUGCUCUUGGUGCUGUCCUCAAGCUGUUUGGCUACGGUGCCAGAUUCGUCAUGUCGUCUGCGCUGGACCCGGUGGAAGUUGAGCAGGCGCUCGUCGCGGCCAUCGACCUCGAAGCUCUCCGCAUCCUGGAUAGAGGCGAGCUGUUUGAUGCCGAGGCCCGCGCUCGAGUGGCUUGGCUUCUCGAGCAGGUCGCAUGUGAGCUCACCCAGCCCGACCUCAUCAGUGCGGUUCAGCGGGCCUUGGAGUACCUUGCGAUGUACGAGGUCGGCACCAGCAGCCCUCGCACUCUUCGCUCUGCCCCGAGCUUCUCCGCGACGCAUGCAAGCGCCGGUCUGGAGAUCACCACUCCGCCGAGAGACCGUACGAGAGACAGCGGCCCCGAGAUCACGAUCUCGACAGCCCCCCCAAGGGGAGGCUUCUUCGACGACCUCGAGCCCCCUUCGUCGUGCUCGUCCGAUACGAACACGACACUCGAGACACCGCUCGUCACUGUCGACUUCUCCACUCCUACGCCCAGACGCCGUGUUCGUGUCCAGUCUGCCUCGCCAAGCGUUCCCGAGACGCCAGUGCCCGCUACGCGCUACCACGGCGGCCGACAGCUCGACAUCCUGCCAACCUCACCCAUGACCCCAUCGCCCGGUACCCCCUGCACACCACUUACCUCGGCCAUAUUAGUCCACGCAUUGUAA